AUCCCCGCUCCAAGCGAAAAGCCUCCUAGAACGUCUCCGUCUCAAACGUUUCCCUACUCGUCUCGAUUAUCCUUGCACUUGUCUCGUAUCUAACUCGUCUCUGCUCACUUUCCCAUUCGGACUCGUUUAGCAGCCUUACAAAUAUCUCUCCACCCUGAACAGUCACUGAAAGGUUCAUAGCCACCGGAAUUUGCCUCUACGGUCCCCUCGUACCAUCAUGACAACCAAUCCGCGUAUCAUUUUCAACGAAAUACCUCAUGGCCUGCCAAAUCCUAGAACAAGUUUGAUCGUCGACAAUACACUGACUAUUGAUCUUGAUAAUGUACCACUUCAAGGAGGUAUCCUCGUUAAGGCACUUGCCUUCAGUCUUGACCCCUAUAUGCGCAAUCGCAUGCGACCCGUUGACAUCCAAGGAGACAUUGAUGCAUUCCCCCUUGGCGAAACAAUCAAUGGUUUCAGCGUUGCUGUGGUCUUGCGAAGUGAGACGCCCUUGAUUCAAGCCGGACAACACGUAUACGGAUUCUUGCACUAUCAACGCUACAGCGUCAUCCCAUCAAUAGACGCUGCCGUGCUAGGUCUGAAGGGUUUGAGUCUACAAGUCCUUGACAACAAGUACAACCUCCCAUGGCGAUAUUAUGUUGGAGCCCUUGGAAUGAGUGGACAGACAGCAUAUUAUGGACUCAAGGACAUUAGCAACCCCAAGCCGGGUGAAACACUUUAUAUAUCUGCAGCGUGUGGUGCUGUAGGCCAUCUGGUGGUUCAGCUUGCCAAGGCCCAAGGACUGAAAGUCAUCGCAUCUUGUGGUAGCGACCAGAAGGUCUCGUUGGUGAAAUCACUCGGAGCCGAUCAUGUCUUCAACUACAAAACUGCGGAUACCGCUGCAGAGCUCCAUGCACAUGGCCCGAUUGACAUAUACUUUGACCUUGUCGGUGGUCCGACACUCGAAGCUGCCAUAGAUAAUUUAGCCUGCAACGCCAGAAUCAUCAUCUGCGGGAUGAUCAGUCAAUACAACUCGGGCGCGGACAAGGCGUAUGGCGUUCGAAACCUGUGGUUAUUGAACAGGUACCGAGCGAGGAUGCAGGGUUUGGUUGUGAUCGACUGGGCAGAUAAGUAUCUGGAUGAAUUCCACGAUACUGUCCCACGAGAUUUGGCUGCUGGAAAAUUGAAAUAUCUGGAACAUGUGUAUCAUGGUAUGGACAAGGUCGGUGAGGCACUUGUUGAUUUACUAGUUGGAAACAAUGUCGGAAAAUCUGUGCUGGUUCUCGAAGAUGACACAUAGUGAUAGACGCUACACAUGAUGUGCGUUGUACCUGACGAUCAUAUCCCUCGUUGUUUAACAUCUGUAUAAUAUGAUAUUCACAAACUUGACUUAGAGCUUGAGUAGAGGCAACAUUUCGAUUGCAUUACUCG